UCGUUUUUCUACCUUGCUUAGCUUAGUUUAGCGUGCUAGCCGCUUAACAAAGAGUCGCGUUUGUUGUCAUCAUAUCGCGAAGCAGAGAGCAAGUGUGGGUGUAAAGGCUUGUGAUUACCGCGUGAAAAUGUGCGCCAGACGUGUGAAAGAAGAAGAGUGCCAAGUGGCACUUUCUGCAGCAAAAGUAAACGAGCGACAACACCAACUACUGGACGCUGUGACCAAAAGGCCUCCAAAUUUGUUACACAAAACAGAUGGCGCUGAAAAAUAUCUUCGUCCUGAGCAUCAAAAGCCAGAGAACGCUUACGCUCAAGAGGAGUGUGCGCACCCCCGCAUUAAAGAGGAAGAGCAGGAGUGUGCGCACCCCCGCGUUAAAGAGGAAGAGCAGGAGGCUGAUAUCGGCCGUCUACCAUUGGCCUCUGUCUCUUUCAAGAGUGAAGAUGAUGAAGACGAAGGUCAGCAUGAGGAGAACAAAGGGGUGCAGUCUCCAAGCAGCAGCUCUAGUCCACACGUGAAGGCCGAAGGGGAUGGAGAGCGCUGCGGAGGAGCGCACCCAGACAGACUGUUAGCGCCGCUAUCAGAUAGUGACGACAUAACUUCGCACUCCUCCGACACCGAUGAUGAACACGCUCAAGGUGAAAGAACAUGUCGUAAUAAGAACAAACGCUGGAAAUGUUCUCGGUGUGGCAAAAGGUUUGUUUUCAAAUCAGUUUUAAAGAUUCACAUGAUGACCCACACUGGAGAGAAACCGUUUGUCUGCUCAAUUUGCGGCAAAAGAUUCGCUCGUAAACAAAAUAUGAGCGCGCACACACGAAUCCAUACUGGAGAAAAACCUUUCGUCUGCUCAGUAUGUGGUAAAGGGUUCUCUUGUAGACAAUCGAUGACAAAGCACGCAACAAUACAUACCGGGGGAAACCCCUUUUCCUGCUCCGUGUGUGGUAAAGGAUUCGCUGAACGGAGACAUUUGAAAACACACACGAGAACACACGCUGGAGAGGAACCUUUUGAAUGCACGGUUUGUGGUAAAAGGUACUUUCUCAAGAAAAGUCUCAUGGACCACACAAUAUCACACACCGGAGAAAAACCAUUUCAAUGUCCAGUAUGCAAUAAAAGAUUCACCCAGAAGGCAUAUUUAAAGUUACACAUAGGAGCGCACGGUGGAGAAAAACCCUUUGGCUGCUCUGAUUGUGGCAAAAGAUACUAUCUCGAGAGAGAUUUAAGAAAGCACAUGAGAACGCACACCGGAGAGAAACCUUUCGACUGUUCUGUUUGCGGUAAAAGAUUCUCUGAAAGGGGAAAUUUAACAUUACACAAAAGAACUCACACUGGAGAGAAGCCCGUCGCCUGCUUAGUUUGUGGUAAAAGAUUCUCUCACAAGGGAAAUUUAAAAAGGCACACAAGAACCCAUACAGGAGACAAACCUUUUGCCUGAUCAUUUAGCUGUAAAACAUUCACCGACUGAGUACAAUUUGCAACGCACACAGAAAAGAUUAGCAAGAUCACCCACUUGCGGAAGCCCGUUCGUUUUCAGCGUGUGCAAGAAAAUAUUCUCUGCAAAUGAUCACGUUAAGAGGCACAAAUGCCGACAAUGAAGCUCUAAUUACAUUUGGAAGAAAAAAAGACUUUUUGUGGUAACACAGAAAAGUCUGCUUGUGAUGAAUAAAGUGCAAGGUGUCAAAGAGUGA